UUUGAGCCGUCAGCGCAUCUUUCUGCGCAUGUUGUUCACAACACCAAUAGGGCGCAUGCUAAUAGUUUUCCUGUUUUAAUAAUCUGUAUCUGCAUUCGUUAAUAAAAAUGCCACCAAAAGGAAAAGGCGGUAAAGCUAGUAAAGGUGCUGCUUCGGGAAGUUCAGAUGCUGAUAAAAAAGAUAAAGCACCUAAAGGCGGCACUGCUUUGAAGGUACGGCACAUUCUCUGUGAAAAACAUGGAAAGUGCAUGGAGGCAAUGGAGAAACUAAAGGCUGGAGUCCGUUUUAGCGAAGUGGCAUCGCAAUACAGUGAAGACAAAGCAAGACAAGGAGGCGAUCUUGGGUGGAUGACUCGUGGAUCGAUGGUUGGAUCUUUUCAGGAUGCUGCGUUUGCCCUACCUGUCAGCUCCAUGGACAAACCUAUCUACACAGACCCUCCUGUCAAGACAAAAUUUGGAUACCAUAUCAUUAUGGUAGAGGGGAAAAAAUGAAGUGGCAUAAUAUAACAUAUGAAACUAGUACACACAAAUUUCACUUUCCUUUAUUGUGUAACUGAUUUCUGGAUUUCACUUUUUCAUGCGACAUUUGCUGUUUCUUUGGCUUUGUACAUUACCAUGCUAAACCUAGAUGUUUUUCAGCUAAACAUUCAGUUUGUGUUGGAUAAAGUGUAUAAAGCUUAAACCACAAAUGGCCAAAUAAAAGCAUAUUUUUGUCACGUUG